AUGUAUCGAAGAGAAAUUCUUAUGAUAUAUCUUCAAAUAGGUUUGAUCGUUGCCAAAAUUAAAUGCUUCCGCAGUUUCAAAGAAGAUGAUGUGAGGUUUUUUUCGUGCGAUAAACCGAUGGAGCACACGAGUUUGUCCCUCAUGUUGUGUUCAAUGAGAUGUUCUCAAACGACCAGCUGUGUGGCUUACAACUUCUUCAAUGCCACCAAUCAGUGCCAACUCUUCAAUCAAACAUUGAACAAGUUUUCUGUACUGCCAGGCUGCCAAUAUUAUCUCAGGAAAGCUUCAGCAGCUGACACUAAGUACCAAAUGAUAGGAGUGCCAGACAAGCCCAUGUGCUUUGUUUCCGAACCUACCACAGUACUAAGCAACAUCCGAUCGUUACUGGAAUGUUCUGCCGAAUGUUCUAGGACCACUUGCAACGCAUUCAACUACGUAUCCAAUAAUGCUAAUGAUCCAGCCAAGUAUUGCCAACUGUUCAACUUCAAUUGCGAAUUUGAAUUCAAAACAGUUUCUAACGUAUCCAAUUGCAAAGCUUACAAGGCUGUGUUGAAGAUGUCGGUAGACGACGAAUUAAAAGAGUUGUAUGUGAACGGACUCAACAUACCUGUGGUGCCAGCAACCUUUCCGAACGCUCUCCUAUGGAACGUACCUGACACAUACAAGCUGACAUGCAGGGUCCUCUAUGUUCUUGCAAUGAAAGGAUGGAACAAUGGCUACUAUGGUGGGUUUGUUGCCAGCACGGCAGACGACUACAUCCUCACCAACAGUACUUGGAAAUGUUCCAUGACCUACUACGAAGGCUGGUACGAAAUCAAUUAUAAUGAUUCGCUCUGGUCUGCUGCUUAUUACGGUUCGGCGCAAGGUGACUCCGACAUUAACUCACAACUCUCUGCCAAGGCCAAGUGGAUCAUUGAUUCCACUGACUGCUUGGAUUGCAUCUUCUAUUGUAGGAAGACAACUGAACUAUUAAGAAAUGUACUUUUUGAAGCUGAAAACUACAAUCGUAGAUUUAAUAUUUUUUUUAAUAUUCCUGUAUAUAUAACCAUACGUUACUAUGGAAAUGUCGUCGAUUGA